CAUUGCGCGCCGGGGAUGACCCUGAUAUAAAACUGGAAAUGGAUAAUGAAAAAAAUGAUAGAAUCUGCUUACACAAAUGGGGAAACAGAUAAAGAAAACAAACAAACUGAAGAAAAUGAAGUUAUAGAAGUGGAUGGUGUAAAUAAAAAGAAUAAAAUUGUUGCUGAAAGUCUGCUCAGUCCACCAAAGAAAAAGCUAAAGCAAGAUGCUAUAUCGUUUCCAAAAUUAUCAAAAAAAGAAGCUGUAAAAGAAACUGAAAAAACUGCUAAAAUUUUAAAAGAACCUGCAAAACCAUGUGAAGUUAAAGAAGCAGUAUUACCUUUUCCAAAGGUGUCGAAGGAAGAGUUUAUACGCUUAACAGAAAAGGAUGUGUCAAAAACAAUAGAUGUAGAAAAUGAGGAUCACGCUAAUACAAAAACACCAAUUGCUAAUGAAAAAUCACCAACAUCAAAAGAAAAUAAUGUUAAAACACCAAAGUCUACAGAUAAGAAAACACCCUCUUUGACGAAAGAGGAAAGACAGAAAGCUAAAGAGUCGAAAGAGCAAGAAAAACAGGCUAGACUAAAAGAACUUGAAGAAAAGAGAAAGAAAAAAGAAGAGGAGAAAUUACUAAAGCAAGCUGAAAAAGAGAAAAGAGAACACGAAAGGAAGGAAAAAGAAAGGUUAAAGGAAGAAGAAAAAAAGAGGAAAGAAAAAGAAAAGGAAGAGGAAAGAAAAAAACGGGAGGAGGAGAAAAAAAGAAAAGAUGAAGAAAAACGAAUAAAAGACGAGCAAAGAGAAGCUGAACGAUUAAAGCGAGAAGCAGAACGAUUAAAGCGAGAAGCAGAGAAGGAAAAGAGAGAAGCAGAACGGAAACAGAAAGAAGAAGUCAAAAGACAAGAGGAAGAAAAAAAGAAAAUGGAAGAUGAAGCUGUGCAAAAGAAGAAAGAAAAAGCUGCCCAGCAAUUCAAAAGCUUUUUUAGAAAGUCGACAAAUAUUUCAAAGGCUCCUGAAGUAGAAUCCUUUAAACGCUUUAUCCCAUUUCAAGUGAAACCGAAUAUGAUCUUAGCACCUGUAUGUAGAAGAAAGGAUUUCCAUAAAGAGAAACUAGAUAAAUCCAUAGGGGAAUUGAACCCAGACGUUUCAUUAUAUCUUGAAGAACUAGCUGUAAGAAUAGCAAAUAACCAAAAUAUUAUAUAUAUUACUCGUCGAAAAUUACGAAGAGAAUUUGAGGAGCAAAAAAGAUUAGAAAGCAAGAAUAAAUAUGAGAAGCCGAUAGAAACAGGUUCAUCACCAACAGAUGUUGUAAUUAUUGGAGAUGACAAUAAUGAUGAUGCUGAAGAUGAAAAGAGCUUUACAGAAACUAAUCUAUAUAAAGCAAAGUUUCUUAAAUUCUCUGAAAACACUAGACCAGCUUACUAUGGCACUUGGAGUAAAAAAAGUAAAUUUAUAAAUGGAAGAAAACCAUUUGGGGUAGACAAUGAUGUAUUCAAUUACGAGAUAGACAGUGAUGAAGAAUGGAUUGAUGAACCUGGAGAAGAUUGUUCAGAUAAUGGCGGUGAUGAUGACGAUGAUGAUGAAGAUAAAGAAGAGACUGAAGAAGAUCGUGAUGGAUUUUUUGUACCGCACGGUUAUCUGUCUGAUGAUGAAGGAGUCAAAGCAUCUGAUGAUGAAGAAGAGGAUGACGAUGGAGAAGAAGGAAAAGAGCCUGUCACUUCAAAACAAAGUGAUGGACGGGAGGACGAAAAACUAAAAGCCAAAGCUUGUUCAUACGAAAUUGAGAUUAAAAAGCAUAUCAAACCUAAAAAACCAGUUUGUAUUGGCAUAACAUAUAUUACAAAGCCUGAAGAUUUAAAUCCAAUUUUAAAGGGAUAUCAGAAAAUCGAGUUACACAAGCCGAUUGUUCAAGAGGAGGAUGAAGACAUGGAUACAGAUAGUCCCAAUAAAUCAAUCAAAAGUCCCCAAACUGUACCAGAGGAAGCAAUCCCGUUCCUACUGAAGCUUCUACACGGUAGCACAACAGGUAUAAAGAAAAUGUGGAAGACAUUCCAAACCUUCUGGAUAUCCUACAUAAAAGAGAACGAUUUAGAGUUGCGCACAACUAUUUCUAGAACACAGUUCGUAAAAACUGUUAAUGAAGUCGCUUCACGGUGCCAAAACGAUAAACGUGAAAAUAGAUAUGUUGUUAACAUUGAUAUAUUGUCUAAAUAUGACAUGAAAGAUUUGAUGUUGGGGGGAGGUUUACCUUUAUUGAAAUCUCAAGCAGAAAAAUUAGAAAAGAAAGAAAAUUCGAUUGUUGUAACAAAUGCACUUGUAGAAACAGACACAAACGAAAUAGUGACACCAAAGAAGUGUGCGGUUACUCCAAUGCAGGUGGAUACGUAAUGUGUUGUUAUCUCCGUUGCAAAUGUGUGAAUUAUACGAUCCUUUGAUUGGAUGCGAGGACACGCAUAGAGCGCCAUUUUGAAAAUAUGAACCUCCAUGACGAGUAAUACGAAGAACUCCGUCGACAAUUAGUUAUGCAAACUGUUUGUCACAUUAUUUGAACUUGUAUCUUUUUUUAAAAAAUACACGUCAAAUUGACGUCGCUAACGCACGUCGUGAAAUUACCCUAUCAGAUCUAUUUUCAACGACCUUAUGGAUGCUGUUUUUAUAUCUUUAUGGUUAAAGUCUCAUGGAUAACUGCUUAAGUUCGGCUUGUUUCGUUUCACAUUUUAAAUUUAAGUCAUCUCAGGUUUAAAAUCGCCAUUUGAGUAUUGGAUAUAUUGCUCAAGUAACUAUUGAAUUUCUUAAUGACAAAAGUAGUGACUUGACUUUUUUUUCUUAUACUUUUAAAAUGUAGACUGGUACCGUGUUUCCAUAAUAAAGGCUAUUAAUGAUAUUUGUAGCAUAUUUUUUAUUUUUCUCGUUGAUAUGGGAAAAUACACUAAAUAAAGAAUACGGACGUGUUUUCAUUUGUAAGAGUAGUGGAUAAAUAGUUUCUUUAGUCUGUCUAAGUU